UUUGGGGUUUUUUCCCCAGUGGUGUUGCCGUAGCAUUUCCGGUGCGGAUAUAGUUCCGGUAGCAGAUUUGGUCGCUGUAGCGAUGGAAACUCUCCGAGUGCUGGAGCUUUAUAGUGGAAUAGGUGGGAUGCAUUAUGCUUUAAAACAGAGUGGCAUAUCGGCUGAUGUAGUGGCGGCCAUAGACAUAAACACAACUGCUAAUCAGAUCUACAAGCACAAUUUCCCAGAUACACCACUCUGGAAUAGAACCAUUGAGUGUAUACCACUUGAUGAGUUGAAUGGAUUGUGCUUUGAUGUGAUUUUGAUGAGUCCUCCAUGUCAGCCUUUUACCAGGUUGGGGCUCCAACGUGACAUCACUGAUCCCAGAACUAAGAGCUUCCUCUACAUUCUUGAUCUCCUUCCGAGGCUGAGCCAGCUUCCUCGAUUCAUCCUGCUAGAAAAUGUUAAAGGAUUUGAGAGCUCCUCUGCCAGGCAAUGUUUAGUGGAAACGUUAACCAAAUGCGGCUACACAUACCAGGAGGUCAUGGUCUCCCCCACAAGUGUUGGAAUGCCAAAUUCAAGACUGCGUUACUUCCUGAUGGCAAAGCUUUCUACCCUGGCACACUCCAAGAAGUCCUUCCAACCCUCUGAAGAGCCUCCAAGUCCUCUGAGUCCAGUUGACUCCCUGACAGAAGAAAACCCCAGCCCAGGUUUCCUGUAUAAACUGGAGACAACAACUGAGGUUCUGAGGAAGGUGAAUCAGAAUAUGGAUUUAUCUGUCAGGCAAAUCCAGGAUUUCCUGGAACCAGAGGAGAACAUGGACAUUGAGCAGUACCUCGUUCCUCAUAAAACAUUGUUGCGUUAUGCUCUGAUCUUGGAUAUUGUCACGCCCGUCUGCCGGAGGUCCGUCUGCUUUACUAAAGGGUAUGGGCGCUAUGUGGAAGGAACCGGCUCAGUGCUCCAGAGCUGCAUGGAAACGGAGAUGGAGAGUGUGUUUAAGCAUGUGGACCAGUGCUCCAAAGACGACGACAAACUCCAGCAGCUACUAAAAUUGAAGCUACGCUACUUUACUCCCAGAGAAGUAGCCAACCUAAUGGGAUUCCCCAAAAGUUUCUCCUUUCCUGCGCAGAUCCCCAUCAAGCAGCGUUACAAAGUCCUGGGAAACAGCCUCAAUGUUGUGGUGGUGGCUUCAUUGCUCCAAGAACUCAUCUCUUCCUAGCACUUUUGUACCUGUGGAUAUUUUUAUUACCUAAUGCUGCUGCCAAACAUUCCCAAUUUCUUUCGAAACUGGGCUAAUGUUCCAAAAAUAACAAGACAUAUGAAAAUGAAAAUAACCCUAUUUUGUUUUUGUUUUUUUAAAUGUGUCUUUGCAGUUGUUUGAUAUCAUAAUCACGCCAUUAUGUUGUACAGCAGAUGCCAUUGGUAAGUGAAAAGGAAUCUUGCUUAAGGUCAUUUGAGUGUAUAAACUGUAUAUAUUUAAUACUAUGUUUAUAAUUUGGAGUCUGUGUGUAUUAAAUAUAUUGAAACAAUGGAUGGGAA